AUUCAAGUUGGAGGAGAAAGAGGGAGUUUCCUUCUACAAUGACAAGGUAUUGGAUGAAAUCGAAUCAAACUGGAAGGCCAUCUGCUAGACGUGAGAAGAUGGUAUCGACACUGCCAAGUAAUCCGAAUGCCAUUCGGAUUCCUAGUUCUAUAAGGAUUACACUUGUAUUUCAGUUUCCUUGUUGAUUUAGUCUUCCUUUUCAGUUUGUGUAUGUUUAUUAGAGUUAGCUUAUGC